UAAAUAAAAAGAAGCGCGUCCGGAACUAAAGCGGCGUUGCCAGUGUUUCCUGUCGUCCCCCUGCUGCUUCCGGUCCAGUGUCCGCUCAGAAUGUUGUGCCUCAGAGGUCUCCGCAGGAUCAAGGCUGCCGCGUUUCUCCAGAGGAACAGCGCUCACAGGAGCCUGUCAUCGGCUGAAGCGCUGCAGGAUGAGCCGGUGGGUGAGCUCCUGAAGGCGGAGGGUCCGUCCAAGGACCCCCAGAGGGGCUGCGUCCUCUGCAGCGUCACCGUGGACUUUAAAAACAUCCAGCUGCUGUCUCAGUUCAUCUCUCCUCACACAGGCAGGAUCUAUGGCCGACACAUCACAGGGUUAUGUGGACAGAAGCAGAGGGAGGUGUCCAAAGCCAUAAAGAAGGCCCACUCUCUGGGUUUCAUGCCGGUGACCCACAAACAUCCUCAGUUCAUGAAGGAUCCCAGAAUCUGUGGCAUCAAACAUGUGGAUUAGAGCAGCAGGACGGUCUGGCUGUUGACUCCAGAACUCUGCUUUGUUUAUAUUUAACUCUCAAACAUCUCCUCUUGUCGUCUUCUCUUCUGUUCGCAUCAUUUUCAUCCAAAAUAAAAGAAAUAAACAAAC